UGUGUGUGUGCGCAGCUGUAAUUAAUCCACUGACAUCAGCUGAGAGACGACGCUGCGUGAUGAGGAAUAACUGUCAUAACAAAUAAAGGUCACUUCAGGCGCAUCGAUGUGAUUUACGUGAAUGUAGGAAACAGCUGACUAAUAAAUCACUAACAGCAGACGUCAGCGUCGAUCAAAACAAAAUAUCUGCUGAAUUUCCUGUUAUGGAUGAACAAGUAAAUAAAUAUACAAAUAUAAAUGAUUUGUGUAUCUAAUCUGCUGGUUCUGAUCUAAACUGGUUGAACACGUGAUGUAAGUUUGGGGGAAACAGUUAAAGUAAAAGCAGCGUCUGCUGAACUGGUUUAACAGGAAGCUCUUUUUUGUGCUCGAGCUACGAAUGUCCUCAGUGGAGCUGAGGAGGAGCCAGAGGAGAUGUGAUGUUUACGAAAGACCUGACUUCUUUUGUUUUCCUCCUGCAGGAUGGAAAGACGGCGGAGGAUUUGGCUUCGGCCGAACAUCACGAGCACGUCGUGUCGCUGCUGGGAAAGCUUAAAAAGGACAACCACAAGCUGAGCUACAUCCAGCAGCUGCGGCCCACUCAGACGGUCCAGCCCCGGAUCAAACUCAAGCUCUUCGGACACUCGGGAGCCGGGAAGAGCACGCUGCUGGAGUCUCUGAAGUGCGGCAUCCUGCGCAGCUUCUUCAGGAGGAGGAGGACGCGCAUGACAAACGCGGCCCGGCACCCCAACUCGCCCGUCAACUCCAAACCUCCCGGUAGGUGACAGACAGGUGGAGUCGCGUCGUCAGCAGCUCAGCAUUAAUGCUUUCACUGCCGCAGCGGUUAGCACCGCCCCCUCACAGCAAGAAGAUCCUGAGUUUGUGCAGGUACAGACAGGUGUGUGUCACCUGGUGACAGCUCUGAAAGGCUCCACCCCCUCCAAUCACCCUUCGGCUACACAUGCCAAUGUUGUUUGGGAAAAGCAAAGAAAGGCACACAGAGACUCCUUCGUUUAUUUGGAGGAGUGCAGUUAAUCCCUCGCACAUCUGUCUCAGAAAACUUCAGCGUGAGUCAUUUUAUUAAAUGUCUCGUUUUAUCCACGUUGUAGCUGUUGUUGCUCUGAUGUGAACAUGAGCCCUCACAGUCUCGUACUGAGAUGCAGUUUGAAUCUCACAGGGUGAAAUUGAUAAUAAUCCUCUGGAGUAAAUGAUAGAUGAGCACAAAUGGAACCACUGUCUGCUGAGGGAAACAGUUCAGGUGCUGCUCUGAGGCUCGGAGAUCUUGAGGUCUGUGAGGUGUUCGUGGUUUUCAGGAAAGUGCAGUGACGACGUGUUCAGUGUCUGCCUGCCUGCCCUCCUCUCCCCUUUAGCUGCUCUGUUAUGCGCCGCUUGCAGCCAUUACGUGACGCCCGGGCUGAUAACGGUCAGGUGCGUGAGCCGACUCCUCCAUCUGUGAGCCUGCCGGCGUCUCAAAGAGUCAGCGCCGGUCCGUAUCGACCGUUUGUUGUUUCUGCAGCAAUACGUGACGUGAAUCCAGCCAAAGACAAAGAAACACAAGUGUCGAUAUUUUAGCGUCGCCUCCCGAGACCGCUGAACGCUGCAUAUUGAUUUUGUGGCUUUCAGCCUCGGCGUGCGCUGAUAUAUUCUUUUAUUUCCUUAUUUGUAGCGAACUUUGAAAUGUCGCGGAGCUCCAUUAACGAGAGGCCUCGUCGUGAAAGGUGCUCCUCGGUAAAAGCGGCGCUCUUUUUAGACCUGUUAGCGAGAGAAGACAUGAGCAGCUUCGCUUCACUGAACUCUGAACCGCCCGACGUUAAACGGCAUGAAAACAGUUUUUCUCUCCACGUCGAGAAAAUGAGCGGAACCUGUUGGCUUUAAGGAUUUCACUCAUUUUACACCGAUCACAAAAACCAGGACGUGAGAACAUUUUCCUCACGUUUAGGAUGAGAGAAGAUGAGAUGGGUUCAUUGUUUUCUGCAGUUGCCAGUUGGUGGAGGAUAAAGUCUUCAUCAUCAUCGUCGUCUGCAGUGCCGAGCAGACGCUUGCAUGUUCAAACUGAAGCCGUGACAGCCGACUGUGAAACGGCGGAGGCAGCUUUUAUGUUAGUGCAGAGAG